AUGGAUAAGAAGAAGGUAGUAACUCCACUGGUUUGCCAUGGACAUUCUCGUCCCGUUGUUGAUUUGUUCUACAGCCCGAUCACUCCCGAUGGGUUUUUCCUUGUUAGUGCUAGCAAAGGUGAAUUUAUAUUAUCUGCUGAAAUGAAAUUAUGGGAUGCAUUAACUGGGGAUGAAUUACAUUCAUUCGAGCACAAGCACAUAGUUCGGACAUGUGCCUUCUCAGAAGAUUCCCACCGUCUACUAACUGGAGGUGUUGAAAAAUUGCUUCGCAUAUUUGAUUUAAAUCGACCUGAUGUACCUCCUACGGAAGUUGAAAAGUCUCCUGUGUCGGUUAGAACUGUUGCUUGGCUCCACAGUGACCAAACUAUCUUAAGUUCCUGCAUUGAUAUGGGUGGGGCGAGGUUGUGGGAUGUGAGAACUGCCACAAUUGUUCGAACACUUGAGACAGUGUCUUCUGUAACCUGUGUUGAAGUGAGUCAAGAAGGACGCUACAUAACAAGCACAGAUGGGUCAACUGUUAAGUUCUGGGAUGCAAAUCAGUAA